CUGCGAUCAGCGAGGCGGGCGACUUGUGGGUGGCACGACGGCCUUUGGCUACUGGAAAGGUCUAUCGGUAACUAGCUAAUGCGUAUCUAAUGCCUCUAAGUUGCAUGGCUGUAAACUUGUCUCGGCCACGGAUCCAAGUGGCCCCGCUUGUGGUGCAAGACGGGAACGGUGGGCUCGCGCGAAUAAUGCACUGGCUUGCAGGGAAAGUCUUUGCUCGCAACCGCAUUUCAACCUUUGCCGUCCAGUCGCGUUGUAGCUUGCGCAGGGCUUCCUCUGGUCUCCCAUAAUAAAGGCUUGCCGGACCGCGUUCUCAAUCUUGAUUGUCCGCUUUUCCUUUGCUCCUCUUUCCUCAUACGCCGUCCGAUAUGUCGGACCCUGAGAAGAGUGAGAAGAGUGAGGCAUACUUGCCCACGGCCCCAGAGCAGGCAGUUUGUCAUCAAACUGGCUCGGAUGAUAGCAAUGGUGCCAGUUCGUCGGACUCGGAGAAAGUGGUGAAGCCAGAGAUCUCCAAGAAGCCGACUCAUAAUCGGCAUAUAUCCAUUACCCUGGAUGACUUGGAGGCUCAAACCAAAUCCGAGCUCCCGCUAAAGCGAUUCGCAUAUUUGAGGUAUGCGGUGUUUACCAUGUACCGACGGCUUUUCACGGUGGUGUUCCUGGUAAAUUUGGCAUGCUUCAUUUACGUGAUGGUUGCUGAUCGCCAGAUCUUGGCUCUGGUGAAUGCGACGGCCGUGAACUUGGUAGCCUGUGGUCUAGCUCGCCAUCCAAUGGUGGUGAACGGCAUCUACCGGGUGGUGUGUUCACUUCCUAGGUCGGCACCACUUUUCCUGCGCCGCAUGGCCGCCAAGGCCGCCCAUUAUGGUGGUGUGCACAGUGGUUGUGGUACUGCAUCUUUGAUUUGGUAUGCGGGAUUCGUCGGUGUUGCAUCGAAGAUGUAUUGGACGUCAACCCCGAUCAGUUCUUUGACAGACCGCACAUUCUCGACGGCCCCGAUUGCGGUUUCGUACGUGAUCCUUGUUCUUCUCAUGGUCAUGAUUGUGGUGGCAUACCCAGUUUUCCGCAGAAAGAUGCAUGACUACUUCGAGCUCACACAUCGGUUCACAUCAUGGCUUAUCCUUGCUCUAUUCAUUGUCCUGGUGAUGCUCUUCGCCAACGACAUGGGCAAAGCAGAGAAGAAGUCCCUUGGAUACGCUCUCAUCACGCUCCCCGCAUUCUGGCUCUUGAUUGGAGCUGUGCUCGCAAUUGCUCAUCCCUGGCUCCUCCUAAGGAAAAUCCCGGUGCAGACAGACCCUCUGUCUCCGCAUGCUAUUCGACUACACUUUAGUCACACGCCAAUUAGCUUUGCCAAGGGUAUCCAGGUGUCCAAGCAUCCCCUUCGGGACUGGCACAGUUUUGCCGGCUUCCCAGAUCCUUCGGAGUCUCUUGAGAAUAUCAGGAGAAUCCCAUCCGAAGAGAGAAGUCCCGCGAAGCCACCUGCAGCCUACAAGAAGGGACACAAGCGCAACCAAGAGAGUUGGUCGAUUGUGGUCUCCAAGGCCGGAGACUGGACAACGGACACAAUUAAGAGCCCGCCUACCCACGUCUGGAAACGUGGUGCCUUGAUGCGCGGCGUCGGUUACGGUCUACGACUUUUCAACCGCAUCAUCGUCGUCACUACUGGAUCUGGAAUCGGGCCUUGCCUUGGAUUUUUGGGCGAUGAAUACCGGCCAAUGAUCAAAGUCGUCUGGCAGACUCGAAACCCGCUUAGAACGUACGGCCAGGGAGUAAUUGACCUGGUCCACCAGAUGGGCCCAGACCCAAUUAUCCUGGACACUUCUCAGGGUGGUCGCAUUGACAUGCUUCCCAUUAUCCACCAACAGGUCCAGGAAUUCAAAGCGGAGGCCGUUUUUGUCAUCAGCAACCCACCCAUCACCCGCAGGAUCGUCUACGAGUUUGAAUCUCACGGGAUUCCGGCCUAUGGACCUAUCUUCGAUUCUUGAUCUGUGUUUCGUUUCGAUUCAGUGAAUCGUCUUAUCUCGGGUUCUGCAGUGCAGAAGUAUUAUUUGUCGCCAACAUUGAGGAGGGAAAUGAUAAUUUGACCCUGGUGGGCAAAGAGAAUGAGUUAUUGAUGGGAUUAUGAUGUCUUGAGAGAACUCGCUGGCGUCCUGGUGAACCGAUGGGAUAUGAGAGGAAACGAUAUAUAUGAUAGUCUACGAUUCGAAAGAAAGCUAUAAUACAACUUGCAGUCUUUUCUGUUUUAACU